UAUGUUGCGUUUCUUUUGUGUAAACACAUGUUGUAUACUCAUCAAUGAAGAGGCCACUCCUUAUAAAUCAUGAAACAGCUAGCUUGAGAGAAACAUACAUAUGAUUAGGCUAUAGACCAUUAUUUGCUGCAAACAUUUUCAUUCGAAAAGAGAAGUGAUCAUGGUGUUAUUUGCCUGGAAGAAGAAGGAGAAUGAGCUGAAAAAGGAAAUGCAAGUAGGGAGGUAUGAACUGGGAAGGACUCUUGGAGAGGGAAAUUUCGGAAAAGUGAAGUAUGCCAAGAAUCUUGAUUCGGGCCAGUCGUUUGCUGUCAAGAUCUUGGAGAAGGCCAGGAUUGUUGAUCAGAGGAUCACUGAUCAGAUAAAGAGGGAAAUUGGCACAUUAAAGCUGCUCAGACAUCCUAACGUGGUCCGGUUACACGAGGUGAUCGCGAGCAAAACCAAAAUAUACAUGGUCCUUGAAUAUGUAAAUGGUGGUGAAUUGUUUGAGAGGAUUGCUUCCAGAGGGAAACUCUCUGAGGCUGCAGGCAGAAAAAUGUUUCAACAAUUAAUAGAUGCUGUUACCUACUGCCACAAUGAAGGAGUUAUCCACCGGGAUCUCAAGCUAGAGAAUGUCCUUGUUGAUACAGACGGAAACAUUAAGAUAUCUGAUUUUGGUCUUAGUGCAUUACCCCAACAUUUUAGAGAGGACGGACUAUUGCAUACAACGUGUGGUAGUCCAAACUACGUUGCUCCAGAAGUUCUCCAGAACAGAGGUUAUGAUGGUGCCACGUCUGAUACGUGGUCUUGUGGCGUCAUCUUAUAUGUUAUUCUCACAGGGUACCUCAACCUUGCAGUACUAUAUCAGAAGGUUUUCAAGGGGACUGUAAAUUUUCCCAAGGGCCUGUCCCCUGGAGCUAAAAACUUGAUAAGAAGGAUUCUUGAUCCAAAUCCCCGUACUCGAAUAACUAUAGAUGAAAUCAAACAAGAUCAGUGGUUUAGAAGAAGAUAUACUCCUGUUUAUCCUGUUCAAGAUAAAGAAGGUAUAUGCAUCAAUGAUGAAGCUUUCACGAUACAUGAGUCAUCCUUAGCAGAGAAAGAUGCAGAUUCCUCCACUUUUAUAAAUGCUUUUCGUCUAAUUAGCAUGGCCUCAAGCCUGGAUCUUUCAGGCUUCUUCGAGAAAGAGGAUGUUUCUGAGAGGACCAUCAGAUUUACAUCUCAUCAUUCUCCAAAAGAAUUGAUGGAGGGGAUUGAGGACAUUGUUACACAAAUGGGUUUUUUAAUCCGGAAGAGAAGUGGACAGCUGAAAGUGGUGCAUUUGCAUAAAGAUCACAACAGUCCAGUUAGUCUUUCAGUUGCAGCAGAGGUGUUUGACAUAAGCCCAUCCUUGUACCUAGUUGAAGUGAGAAGAACUUGUGGAGAUGCAAAAGUCUACAGACAGUUAUGUGAAAAGUUAUCGCAUGAUCUAGGAGUCCCAAGAAGCCAAGAGCUUCUGGUCACAGAAUUUUGAUUGUAGCUUGGUAGUUUGGUACAAACAUAGGACACAUUAGUUUGCUUAAGAUUCUUUAGCUUUACUUGUACAUAACAAUUCAUAUUUUAGAGGGUCGAAUCCUCGUAUACGAAUGUCAAGACAUAUUAUUAGCGAAGAAAUUAUUGUACGACUUAACAUCAAGAUUUUGAUAAUACAAGGGUGCUAUAAUGUUAUCUAGCGGAAAAUUGUUUUAUUCUAGAAUUUUUAUCUUCCA